AUGCGGUACGGUAUCCGCCCGUGUUAUCGCGCAUACACCUCCAAAGUUAAAGCGCUUCCGUUCAUUAUCCGCUUAACUCGUGGUGGCCGCCGACUAAUCAGCGCUAUUAAUUGCGAUAAUUGGUGCGUCCAACCGCCUGGACCGAGCGGCGCCAAAUCGUCAGUCCCGACGGUGUUUAAGAAUGCGAAUCCCUCGUACGUUCUCGCUAGCCAUCCUGUGUGUCUACCUCCGUGAUAUUUAUGUCGCCACUUUAUCUCAAAGUAGCGGCUGGUUUGCGCGCGAUAAGAGAUACCUGGUGUAUCCACCACCCGGAGACUAUACUCCAACGAAAGUUCAGUUAAUCCUCGGCCUCGGUUUACCCAUGGAAGUUGACGUCAGCAUGAUUAUCGGCUACGUGAUGAAAUUUAAUUACGUCCUGCCCUAUAACGCCUCGUACUUGACGGAUCCAUACGUCCGUUAUGACAGAUCGAUCAACCGCCAUGUCGAGCCUGAUGGAAAUGACGCCACUCCGCCAAAUGCGAAAGCGGUUUUGAUAUCCAGAUGGGAGUGUUACGAAAUCCUCGAGUCGGCUUUCGAGGCUACACGAUCGGGGAAAGCCUGCCUUUUGAAAACCAUUUGCGAAGCCGCGGCGGUGCCUUUCAAACGGAGCCAUACUCUGACUGCGCAGCUCGCCCAUAUUUUCCUCACGCCUUCCACCACGUCUGAGCCAUUCAGAAAUGCCUUCGAUCAAGAAUAUCGUGCCGCUGAACUCGCAGGUCAACGAUACUCCAACAGCUGCGACAAUUUAUUUCCAGAGUGCACGGAGAGUCUCUUAGAUUAUUUUACCGAGAUAUAUUAGAAUAACUAUGUCAUCAGAGAAGGUUCUUAUUUUAACGUUACGUCUUUGCGUUUACUCAAAGCUAUUUAUCCAAGACUUUGUGGAUGUCACGCUAUUUCUAUCGCGAUAGCAGAAUCAGCAGAAUUUUUCUUCGCUACAAUUGUACGAGAGAACAUUAUUUAUGUUUGUUUCAAAAGAAAAUAUAUUUUAGCGCUUAUACUGAUGAGCUUUAUACUGGUGGCAUUUAAUAAUAAUUAAAUCUAGAUCAUUAACGAUUAACUGAUAAAAAUUAGUGAUUGGAAACAUCAGAUGAUUAAAUAGCUCGAGUCUCAAAAUCGAACAUCAAAUAAUUCGAAUCUUCCAAAUUGAAGAUACA